UGUCGAAUAGCUCUGAACGGUAAACACGAUGUCGAGAGCUCUGGCAAGGUGUUCACGAGCUCUGUUACGGCCUCAGAGGCAGUCUAAAGUGAUCGUCAACAGCUCUUGUCCGGUCAAGGGGUCAAGCAGUCUCGUUGCCCUGUCAAAAGUUGGACCUCUCACCUGGCACACCGGGCAUAAUGUCGUCGUCUCGCAGAGAAGAUACGCUUCGAACGUGCCCAAGACUAGCAGCAAGAAUCCACUUGGCCUAGACGACCCGACAUUGCUCAUUACACAUGGAGUCAUUGGCGGCAAGUCCGCCAAGGCCGAGGAUGGUUCGACGUUUGACGUUGAAGAUCCUGCUACUGGGAAGACUAUCGGUACCUGCCCCGAUAUGACCCGUAACGACACCGAACAAGCCAUCAAAGUCGCUCACGACACAUUCCAAACGUUCAAGACGACUACUCCGAACGACCGACACGGGUACCUCUUGAAGCUCUACCAGCUCAUCCUUGACAAUCGGAAGGACCUUACACGACUGAUUGUAUGGGAGAAUGGCAAAUCUUGGACCGACGCAGAUGCUGAAGUGACCUACGCGGCGGGAUAUAUUGGCUGGUUCGCGGGUGAAGCACUGAGAACGAAUGGAGAGACGAUACCGUGCAGUAUGCCGGGAACUAGGAACUUUACCAUCAAGCAGCCCAUUGGAGUCUGCUCUUUGCUUGUGCCGUGGAACUUUCCAGCUGGAAUGAUAGCGAGGAAGAUGGGUCCCGUGAUUGCUACAGGGUGUACGGCCGUCAUAAAGACACCGGCCGAAACGCCAUAUACAAAUCUCGCCCUAGUCGAGCUUGCCAGUCGAGCCGGCGUCCCUGAUGGAGUCCUGAAUGUCGUCACGACACACAAACAUAUUCAAGAGGUCGGAGAGGAGCUCACCACGAAUCCACUAGUCAAAAAGGUCUCGUUUACUGGAUCUACAAAGGUCGGCAAGAUGCUCGCGAAGAACGCCACCGAUACGCUCAAAAAGCUCUCCUUGGAGUUAGGCGGGAACGCGCCGUUGAUCGUCUUUGAGGAUGCUCAUUUACCAACUGCGGUGGCGGGAACUAUCGCCAGUAAAUUCAGAGGAUCAGGACAGACCUGCGUCUGUGCAAAUAGAAUAUACGUUCAUGAGGCGAUAUACGAUGAAUUCGCCUCGGCCUUGGCUGAAAAGGUCAAAGCUUUCAAAGUAGGAUCUGGAUUCGAAGACGGCGUGACUCAUGGACCACUCAUACAUUCCCGUCAAGUCGACAAGGUCCAACAGCAUCUGGAUGAUGCCCUAUCAAAGGGAGCCAAAGUACUCGCUGGAGGCAAAAAGCUCUCUGGAAACAUGUUCCAACCUACUGUCCUGGCGAAUGUCCCUCAGGACUGUUUGAUCACUGCCGAAGAGACUUUUGGCCCAUUAGCAGCUUUGAUCAAGUUCUCUUCAGAGGAAGAAGUCAUCCGACUCGCCAAUAAUGCCGAAGUGGGACUUUCAGGCUACUUUUUCUCUCAAGAUACCGAUAGAAUAUGGAGAGUCGCAGAGGCAUUACAAGUAGGCAUAGUAGGUGCCAAUACUGGCGCCAUAUCGCAGCCCGUCAUACCCUUUGGAGGUGUCAAAGAAUCUGGGUACGGUAAAGAAGGUGGACAUCAAGGAACGGAAGAGUACCUUGUGACGAAGUACAUUGCCGUCGGGUCAAAGCAGGAAUGAACCCAGGCGAUUUCUAGGCACUCAUGAGAGCCAAAAAGAAAGAUUGUAUCUAUGCGACUAGUCGGACACGAGAAUCAGAUUGUAGCAUUGUGACCUUGCAUAUGUUCAUGCAGACA